AGAGGCGUGCACGUUUCCUCGGACGGAAGUAGAUCGCGACCCGUCGCGACUUUCGCUUCGCGGCGACGAGGGCCCUCCCGCUCCCCUCCCGAGCCGCGAGCUCUCGCGUCCACUCCCGAUCCGAGGGCGAGACAAAGGGACCGGGCCCGACCGAGUGCGCGAGUGAGCCGAGUGUCUCGCGAGUGGGCAGCCCGAUGCGAGCCGCCGCGGUCCGGUGAGGCCCGCCGGCCGAGGAUGACCGGUCGCGAGUGACUCGCCCCGUCCCCUGCGAGGGAGAGAGACAGCGACGCUCCUGCACCCGGCCACCGAGAUGGGCCCGAUGGGCGCGAGUCGACUCCUCCGGGCGCUGCUGCUCUGCGUUCUCGCUCUGGCCAGAGCGAGGGCGAUGGAGAAGCAGCUGGACACGCACGAGGGCUCGACGAUCCUGCUUAAAUGCCGGUUCCCGCCCCCGAACCGGGAGGCCACCUUCUUCUGGCUGAUGGACACCGUGACGAAGCACGACAACGCGGCGGUGGGCACGGUCUCGCUGUCCUCGGACUACGAGGUCAACAUGAACCUGACCGAGGGCCGGUACGAUCUGCAGAUCCGCAAUGUCUCGUACGAGCGGGACAACGGCAAGUUCAAGUGCAACGUCAAGGUCAGCGGCACGGGCGACAGCCUCCAUUACGAGGUGGUGACCUUGACCGUGCUGCGAGCCCCAGGGCCGCCGACCAUUUCGCCCACCUCCGCGCUGGCCACGGAGGGCCAAAAGUUGGAGCUCCGCUGCGACACGAACGGGGGCAGUCCGGAGCCCGAGGUGACGUGGUACCGGGGCACCGGCACCGGCGUCCUGCACUCGGGGAAAAGCUUGGCGAUCGUGCCGAGGAAGGAGGACGACCAGGCGACCUUCCGCUGCGUCGUGAGGAACCGGGCCAUGCCCAAGGGCCAGACCCUGAAUGCCACCGUGGCCUUGGACGUCAGCUACUUCCCCAGGGUGACGGUGGGCCCUCAGAACCCCCUCAGGGUCGUGGCCAACGGCACGGCCACCCUCGUGUGCGACGUCGACGCGAAGCCGGCGGUGACCCAGGUCAAGUGGAUGAAGGACGAUAGCUUCGUGGCCACCUCGUUCCACCACGCGAUUCGCAAGGUGACCCUUCAGGACGCCGGCAGGUACACCUGCCAGGCGGACAACGGCCUGGGCCGCGUCGGGGAGAGCUUCCUCUUCUUGGACGUCCUUUACCCGCCUACGGUCACCGUGGAGGGCAGCAGCGUCCGAGAGGCCGAGGUCGAGGACUCCCUCAGGAUCCACUGCAACGUCUCGGCGAACCCCCCGCCUUCGGUCAUCGAGUGGACUCGGGAAGGCAGACCCGAGUUCCGUCAGUCCGGACACAUCCUCCGGCUGGACCGGGUCACCGCCGACCACGCCGGGAAUUACACCUGUCGAGCGGUCAACUCCGUUCACCCCAGCGGAUCCGGGGCGGAGAGGAAUUACUCCGCCUCGGCCAAGGUCACGAUCCGAAUUCGUCACAGACCGGGCCCGGCCAGGAUAACGCCGGAUUCGCCAGUGGCCGUCGAAGGGUCCAGCGUCAUCCUCACCUGCAUGGCCAAUCCCGCCGGCUACCCGGAGCCACAGUACAACUGGUCCAAGGAGGACGACGGCGGGACCACGACGGUCUUGGGAAGCUCCGGGGAGGCUUCCGGUCCGCGGUACGUCAUCGACUCCGUUCACCUGGGAAGCGAGGGCACCUACAAGUGCCACGCCAUGAACGAAAUCGGCAACGGGGAGCCAGCCGCGGUCCGACUGACCGUUCACCAGCCACCCAAGAUCUUGACCAAGCUGCAGCCUCACGUCACCAGAAAGGUCGGCGAAUCUUCCUUCUUGGUCUCCUGCGUGGCCCAGGGCAAGCCGAGGCCCACCGUAAGCUGGCUGAAGGACGACGAAGAGCUUACCGCGGGAGCCAGUCUCUACGAGGUCAGCACCACCGUUACCGAGGGCCACGGAAGCGUGGUCACGGUCAAUUCGACUUUGAGCUUCAUCGGCCACGAGCGUCCCGAGACCGACAAGAUCGUGGCCAGCGAUCGGGGCAGGUACACCUGUGUCUUCGAGAACGAGGCGAAGAAGGUCGAGUCGACGAUGAUGCUGAAGGUGGAGCACGCGCCCAUAGUUCUGCACGAGCACGACAAGGUCGCCUAUAAUUUGCGAGAAACGGCCAACGUGACCUGUAGAGUCCAGGCCUGGCCGAAGCCCGAAUUCCAGUGGAGUUUCGGAACCAACUCGGCACCUCUUCAGGGCUCCUCGAGCGAAGGCCAUUACGAGAUUUCCACCAACACCGACAACUACGACGUCUACACGUCCGUGUUGAGGAUCACGGACAUCAGGCCCUCCGACUACGGUGACUACAGCUGCCGAGUGGCCAACGGCCAAGGAGGAAUAGUCUCCACGAUCCGACUACAGCCAAAGGGUGCACCGGAAAGGCCAACGAGAAUUACGGCAACGGACGUGGGGCCUACCCACGUGACUCUGGCCUGGCAGCUAGGAUUCGACGGGGGACUCUCGAUCACCAAGUACUUUGUCUCGUACCGAAAAGUCCCGUCCAGUGGUACCGCCGAUGAAAUCGUGGCCUCGGAUUGCGCUCCACCGAGGUCUCCGCCGGGCCAGUGGUUGGAGCUGGACUGCAGGUUGUCCAACCCCUGUAACGUCACCGGCCUCGAGCAACACCAAACCUAUACGUUUAAAGUCAAGGUCUACAACACCAAGAACCACUCGGACUACUCCGACGAGGUGACGGCCACCACCGGCAUCGCCAAGAUCCCUGCACCCAUGCGAGCCAGCUACGACCCCGAGAGCGGAAUCCUCGUCGUCAACGUCGGUACCACCUGUCUAGCCCUCGUGGCCUCCAUCGAAAGAGCCGACGGCUCCGACGACUCCUGGAAGAUCGUCGACGAGUGGCCCCUCGAGGGUCUGGGAGGCGCCCCCACGCCCAGAGAGGGAAUCCUGGACGUCGACGGCUCCGACUCGGAACCGCGUAUUCGAGUCAGGCUCUGCCUCAAGGCAGACCGCCAGAAAUGCGGAGAGUACACCGAUACCGAAAUCGGGCCUUCUUACAUCGCUCAGGCGGGAGCCCUGGCGACGCCUACCCUGAUCGCCCUGGUGGUCAGUGGGGCAGUUUUCCUCCUUUUCGCGGCGUUGCUUCUGCUCUUCUGUCGUUGCCGCCGGAAACACGCGGCCAAGGCCAAGGAUUACGAGAUGGACACCAACGCGGUUCGACCGAGUCUCGUUACCGCGAACGGCCAACAGACUCAGGCCCCGCCGCCGUACUACGCGGAAAAUAAGGCCCUCGAGCACAGCCUCGAUCACGCCCUAGCUUUGGAAGACUCGAAAACCCCGGCAUAUGCCCAACCUGGAUAUGGAUACCACCAGGCGAAUCACAACAUUAACGGUGUCAACAUGGGCUACAUGGACAACAGCUACAGCAACUCGAACAACGGCGGAUCCGUCAACUCGCAGGACUCGAUAUGGCAGAUGAAGUCGGCCGCGGCUAACGGGGCGAAUCCGCCCUACGACAUGGGAGGAUACGCCACCACCGAGAGCGACUACCCGGCCCAUCCGCACUAUAUGCCGCAGAGGGACGACUACAGGGAGAGCCACAACCUCAGCCGGCAGCAGUUCUGCUCGGAGCCCUUCGCCGCGGUGGUCAAGUCCCAGAAACACGUUGAUUCCCCGUACGACGUGUCCGGGCUGCCGUACCAGGAGGGCUACGACGAAGACGCGAAGCCGCCGCAGCAGGUGAGCCUGUCCUACGACGAGAGCCUGGAAUCCGGGUACUCGACCCCCAACAGCCGCGGCCGGCGGAUCAUCCGCGAGAUAAUCGUCUGAGACCAGCCAUCCGGCCCGCGUGCCGGAAAGACGCGGACCACGUGGCUAUAGCAGCAGGCCCCCCAGUACCCUCCGCGGCCCCAGCAGGCCCCGGGCCAUCAUCGCAUGGAGAUAGUGAUCGAGAACCCCGUGAAUCAGGCCUACCGCGCGUACGAGCCCGACGUGCCACCGGGAACUCUUCGGCAAGUCCAUCGCCCGCGAAGGGCGGCCACUCCCACCGAGGCGGACCUGGACCGUCGGCGGGUGGACCGAUCCGGCCUGCUAGAGGUCUCGGACGCGGAUCCCGGACGACGGUCCAGGCACCGUCAACUCGGGUCGGCGAAGGAGGCGGGUUCGACGGCGACUCUGACGAGGCGCGUCGACCGAUCGGGCCUGUUGGAGGCGGUGCCGGAGCUGCCCGACCACCAGGAGGCGAGACGACCCAUCGGGACGGAGGAGAACGCGGAUCGGACCCCGAGUCCCAGGGGGCCCGGCUCCGGACACCCUUCGGGCCUUUGGAGGCGUUCCCUCGGCGGACGAGAGAACGCCUCGGCGGUCGAGGUCGAAGACGGCGCCAGGUUCGUCCCGAUCGAUCCCGGAGCCGUCGGAAAGGAGCAUUUGCCCUCCAGACCCCGCACCGAGUCGCCGUUGGUCCUCGGCACGGGGCUCGGUGCCGCGAGCAUCCCCGACGUCGUCGAGGCCCACGAGCCACCCGAGGGGAGCUCGGUCCCGCCGGAAGUCCCCCGGGGCGAAAGGGCCGAGGCCGAGGGCUGCGAGCACCCGACCGUCGAGAGCCUGGAGGAGGCCAGGAUUUCCUUCAAGGCGCCCAACAAGUUGCUCCACAACGAGAACAUUCAGACCCUGCGGGUGAUCAUCCUGUCCGAACAGCUGUGAGACCGGACGAGGUUCCUCGAAGAGGCCUCUCGUCGGCACCCACCGAGAGUGCUUUCCCUCUAGGACCUUUAUCGUUCCGCGAUCGCGUCUAACGAUAAGGCGGACCGACCGCCUCGCCUGGCGGGUGGUCGGGUAAGAAACGGUUUCGGGAACGUUUCUCCCGAGUAUUUUCAAAGGUAGCUUCGCUGGCUUGGCCGCGCGACUCGGUCAACUGCCACGAUAGGCUCAAAUUUUCCUCGGGCGCCGUAAACGAUCAUUGUAUUUCCUACCAACGAGACUGGACGAGUCGGCGGACACUGUCGGGUUUUUCUACUUUUAUAGCCAUAGCCGACGUCGCCCCGAGUCGUCUCCGGCGAUGGCGCGCGACCUGGCGAAACGGUCGACGUUUUUUUCGUCGAUGACCCAUGGAUCGCGACACGUUGUACCUAGAACGCGACUCGUAAAAGUUUUAGGCGAUGAAAUCGCGACACCUCGGGCCGAAGGCGCCCGAGUGCUUGAGAUCCCGGGAAAAGCAUUUGCGAUUCGUCUUUUCAUUUUUUUAUUCGACCGGAAGGUACUUUCCACUUCAUCCAAAAAUCCUUCGGGUUUCGGAUCCCUUCGUCCGUUAAGUCUAAUCUCAUUUGACAAGAUCGAGUUUAAUUGCGAGGCCUUGACGAACCGUUUUUCGAGGCAUCGCGAAUAGACCGUUUGAUUAACUUCGAUCAGUGGAAGCAGGUCAGAUAUUUGAUUUUGUCGUAGUCGAUGUUCCGGCUAAUUUCGCGCGGUCGAUCGUAGGACAUCGAGAAGGUCGAAUCGAAUGCUUUUUCCCAAGUGCGACGUUCGCGAUAAGUCUUUUUCUAAGAAUGUAUUCUGUGUAAAUAGGUAGCAAUAAGCGAUUAGAGGCAGCGACUCAAGUAACGUACUUUACGGAUCGACGCUCAAUGUGUUCUCGUACCUAUGUCUAUACACCUAGGAUAUAAAUAAUUCACCGACGAUCCCGACGGAUUCAUCGCGAACGUCUCUCCUCUCGGGGGGGGGGGGGGAUACCUCGCGUAUCGAUUUCGAAGGGGUUCGGCAAAUCAGGUUUCCCCUGGGUCGCGUAUCGUCGAAGGGAGGCUGUCGUCGUUUUUCUUUCCACCGGAUGACCGUAGGACGUACGAUAAUCGCGGAGGUUGCAAAGUUUCGCGUUAUAAAUAAGACAGCACGGAGUACUUAAAGACGAUUCGUCGUGGCGCGCGCGAUCGUUGAACGUCUCGUUAAAAAUCCGAGAGGACGGACGUACGACUCGAUGUCUCUCCCUCGUCGGGACCGUCCAAGCGCCUAGACUCGGAGAAGAGCUCCGGACACUUUUGCGGGCGAGCGGUUUCGAGACGAUUGGGACAAUUACGUCGUCUCGCGUCCUCUACCCCAGAACCUCCACCGACUUCGGCCCGAGAAAGGCGAAGCUAUUGGUCGCGGACGCCGUGCUCGAGUCUCUCGGCGGAUCGAACCUCGAUCGCUGAGACGGGCCACCUUCGGUCGAUCGCUAUUGUGAUCUCAUUUUGCGCGCAGGGCCGAGCAUCUCCGAGUGCCGUGUCGGAGAGCGAUCGGGCGGAAGGCGUUCCUCCCCUCGAAGCUCGCGCUCGGGAGUCGAUCGCGACGUCGGAAUCGGAACCGAGAGCAAAAUUGCGAGACGCGGAGAGGGGUGCCUUUUGCCGACUUCGGAAACCCUCGGAUUGCUCGGUUGUCUCGGACUCCCGGAAACCGGAAGUCCGCGAGACGUCGUCGCGACGGCUCUUGCCGCCGAGCGGCCCGGGGGGCGGGGGCACGGAAGCGAGCGGCCAGAGAGAGUUAGUUGAAAAAUAUUUUUACAUUACGGGACGACUUUGGCGCGAUGGUAUAUCACGGGCCAACACUUAGGCGAGCACCCGUUCGAGGCCCCGCGUACUUAAUCGAGCGUCGGCAAGAUGGCGUCGCCUCUCUCCCUUGUAUAAAAGAGCGCGCGGAGGCGUUACACGAUGUACAUAUAUACAGGGAUGCAAGAGGGAGGUUUCACGGCGCGCCUAAGACCUACGCGUAGAUAUUUAAUGGCGGGGUCUUUUCUCGAAACCGAGAGACGGAGAAGGGGAGCGAGAGAGGAGAGAGCGCGCGAGAGGAAGUAGAGUAAAUAUUAGGCUAUUUCCCGGGAGAAAUCCCUCCCUCUCCUCGACGACGGGUGAGGUUAACCCCUUUCAGCGGGACCCGCGUCCCGGACUUGUAAUAUAUAUCCAACCCCCCCCCGAGAUGAUAUAUUAAUUAUUGCCUAUUAUUAAUUACGACUUUAUUACGAUGGAUUAUUAUUUGUACAAAUUUUAUGUUGCAAUAUAAAUAUACGAUAAACGACAGUUCUCGUUCGAGGGUCGAUGGACUCCUUCGGGGUGGAAUAAAGUGCUCCUAUUUUAACAGUC